AUGCAACAACCCUUGUUGUCCUGUACCAGUAACGGAUCAUCUUAUGCUCAAGAAAGUGUUAUGAAGGAAGAUCCAGAAAGAAGCAAUAUGCAAGGAUGGAUGGCCAAUAUUGAAAAUGAUCCCUCACUUUGGAAUGAUCAUCAAGAGAUUGCUGAUAUCAUCAGCAAUAAAGUUUCUAUGAACGAUUUGGAAAUGUCUGAGGAAGAGAGAAUUGAAAAGUUGAAGAAAGAAAUCGCGUUAUUGAGCGGGAGCAUUAGAGAUCAAGAAUUAAAGGCAAAAGCGAUUUCCCAAAGUCCCGGUUCAGUGCCUUAUGGAAAUAACAAGGCAUUCAACACAUCUGAUGGGUUAAUAAUCGCCUCAUUAACAACAAGUGGGUCUGUAUCAUCACCCCGACUGUUCAAAAACAGCUUGGACACUUCCUCAUCAACCCUUACCGUGGAUGAUCUUGCAGACUCUCCAUUUGUAAAAGAUUCAUCUCUUAGUCCUCAAAAGAAGGGCUCUCAAUCCUCAGAGGUUGAUAAAUCUUAUCAAUAUUAUCUGUUCACCAAAAAUCAGCUUUCACUGGCGGUGGAAGAAUUAGAAGAGCAACGACUGGUACUGGAAGAAGAGGGUUACUUCACCCAAGCUGAGCAAGUACACGAAAAGAUUAAGGAAAUAUACAAGAAAGAGGCCUCAAAAAUUGAGAUGUCCUUCGUCAAUGUUGUAAACGCCCUUAAACUAGAACUUGUAUCAAUAAUGUCUAAGGAGAUGGAUGCAUUUGAGCAAGUUUGGAAACAAAAAACAUCUCAGUUCGAAGCCCAAGCUAAAGAUUUGCUUGGAAAUACAGCUCAAAGGCAGAAUGCAGAGCUAAAACAGACUGAGCAAGUGAUGAGACAGCAAAUGCAUAUUCACAAACCAAAGUUUUCAAAAACAGUCUUGGAACAACGUGCAAGAGUAUUAACCCUUGUAAGAACUAAGAAUUACAAGCAAGCAGAAACGCUUAAAAAUCAAUUAAUUCCUCUCGAGCUCAAAGAGAUUGAAAAAUUCGAAAGACACCAAGAAGAAAAACUGAAGAAGAAACUCUCUUAUGUUGAGUCAAGACAUAAAAUGGAAAUGGAUGUUCUACAUCAAAGAAUAAUGUCUGGUAGACGAGAGCUUGAAAACAUCAAAAGAAAAGAGCUUACUGCUGUCACACAACAACAAACUGUGAUCAUACAAGAAUUCGAAAACAAGCACAGGAAGGCAUUAUCUCAGAUAAAACAAUUUAUAAGCAAGCUUGAAGGAAUUGUUUCCACAAAGAGAAGAACAGUAUGCAACUUUUUUGACACCUUACCAAGGGAAAUUGAAACUUUUAAAACCACUUAUUCAAAUUUACUGGAACAGCUGAAAGAAGACUUCAAAAGAAAUUAUCCUCUAGAAGGAUCCUCACAACCUCAACAAGAACAACCCAAUCGAUCGUCUGUUGAGAGCAAGUGGCUGAUUGUAGAAAAUAAUUUCGACCAAUAA